UAUGUGUGUGAGUGAGUGAGUGAGUGUGAGUGUCUGAAUGCGAACAAGUUGAUAUUAAUUUUUUCAUUUUUUUUUUUUUCAUUUUUCUUAACAUUUUUUGAAUGAAGCUCCGUGAGUAAUUCGGCUGAGCUGCGAAGAGAGAGGUCGUCUGUCAGAGCCGACCGAGGAACAAGAAAAAAGAAAGACUUUUCCAACAACACAACAACAGCAGACUCCAAUGAACUCGAAAAUAACAAGUUUGCUACGCACAGCCUUUGAAAACAAGCCACAUCUACGCAGUUUAAUUUAUCUCCUUUUUCGACACCAGCUAACUCGCAGCUAAGACUUUGCAGCUUUUUUUUUUUUUUUUUUUUUUUUUUUUUUUUAAGUAUAUGUGUGGUUGUCAGUUUGCAAGUCAAGUGAUAGUCCUGUGUGCCUUCUUUAUAUAAAUGAGCUAAAGCUGUUCAUGUUAAGCUAAUGAAGUCGUAACCGUCGCAUAAGAGACAGUUAUAAAAAAUAAAAAAAACACGUCAUUGUAGGGGAUAAGCCAUAAGCUACUCACGCAAAAAUGCUAAAGACUCUGACGAAGAAGCUAAGAAGACACUCGCUCAAUGAGAUACAUCCUUUUCAACUGAAGAUUUCUUACCAUGGCAGUGGUGAGGGAGGAGAGAGUGAUGACUCAGAGGGAGAGAACCAGGAGCUUGCACAGAUUGACAGAGAGAGACGGAGAAAUUGCGCCCUCACCCCUUUGGCCACCAGCCAGCAGCACAACCAGGGUCCCCUCUCUCCAGCGCGGUUACGACGCCUCCGCCUCCUGCUAGACGCCAACCUGGACCGCCACUCCUCGGAGGAAGAGCUGGAACGAAUCAGCUGCGGGGACAACAGGAAGUGGGUGUCGCUCCCCCAGCGCCACGGCGAUCACCACAGCAGCGCCUCCAGCGACGAGGAGGUGCGGGACCUGUUCGGCUGCGGGUCGCCGGCCGCCUCCGCCAGGCCACUCGUCGAGCCGGGCGCCUGCCUGGCCGCCUCCCCCAGCCCCGUGCUCUUCAGCUCCAGCCCACCACGUAGCCUCAAGCCACCCCCGAUGCGCUUUCAGCUUCAGGUGGUGCAGCCAGUGGCACGGCCCAUCAUUUUGACCCAUUUCGACCAGUCAGCACCUUACAGGAAGUACAGACACAGCUACGGUGGGGAACCAGGGAGGCCCAGUCUUGACCUGGAGAAAAUGCAACAGAAAAUGCUGCUGAAAAAGAACUGCGGAGGGAAAACGCGGACUAUAAAGAUCCGGAAUUUGACCAGCAGUCGUCCCCCGCCCAGGUACACCUACGAUCCCUCCAUCUUCGCCUUCCGGUCCCUGAGCACAGUGCCCCCCUGCAGCCCCCUGACCCCGUCCGAGGAUCCGCCCUGCUCAUAAGGAAAUUUACUCACUGCCAGAUAAUCUUCUCCCCACACCAGCCCCCCUUCUUCAUUCCCAGACAGCUGCUUAUUUUUAUUUUUUUUUGUGGCUUCUGCAGCGUGACCAAGGAGCAACUGUUAAUGAAACGGACCGCUAGAAAGACAUUAGUAUUGAUGGUCGAACUAUUGCACACUCAGGUAAUCCCACCCUGUAAACGCUGUCACUUUGAUCAUUAUUCUCCACGUGGAAUCAACAGGAACAUUUGGAGGAUAAAAUGGCCUAAACGAAACAUUUCUAAGGAUAUUUCAGGUAUUGCAUAUUGUAUUGCCGUCACUGAAAAAGAUCCUAUGAUUGGAAAAGGAACGAUCAAGAAACACACAUGGACGAUGGACCAGAGGUGGUACAAAAGGGACAAGGCUACAACCUGACUUAAGUUUUGGGCUUUCAAGGGAAAUAAUGCAUGUAAGACAAUCAAAUGGUUCCAAGGUUUCUUCCUUUGAUGUGAUUACUGGACAUCUUGUAAGGUUCUUGGUAACUUCAUAUUCUAAACACAGCGAGGUGAGUCGACGGAUAUCCUGUAAUUGUCGAGAUGAAACAACCUUUGUUGGAUGUGCUAUUUGAAUAUGCAGGUCACGACGAGCUGUAACAAAAAUGUAUGAUUGUAGUUGAAUAGUCGACCUUUGACCUUUUGAUGAUGUACGUUUCUUAAUGAAUAUUAGUCCAGGUCAAAGUUAAGUACUUGUAUCCUCUUUUCUUGCAUGAAUUCCACUGUUUUGCAGAAAGAGCGGUAUGUUGAAAUAAGGAAGUAUGAGUAUAGUUUGCUGCACAUUUGGCAAGUGUAUCUGGUGCUGUGUUACGCAUAGCCUACUUGUAGUGUGCCAUUUUUUUCCAAUAUUGUACCUCAUUACUUUCUAGGUAGAAGAGGACCACUGGUAUAUGUAAGACAUCCCAGUGUUUCUAAAGAUCUCUUAAUGCCUUGAAAUGACAUUCCUGUUGUGUUGAAUGAAACUUGAGGUAGUUCUCAGCUCUCGAAAUGAGCUGAUAAUCGAUUUAAACACAAUGUCACCACUGUAACUAAGAUUUCGCCGAAGUGAAUGUAACAAUGUGACAUGUUUUUCGUCCCUUGUUGCACAAAAUGAAUCAAUAAAUGCCCUGUGGCCUCU